AUGGGAAGACCUCCCUGCUGUGAUAAAGCAAAUGUGAAAAGAGGCCCUUGGACGCCUGAGGAAGAUGCAAAGAUUCUUGCGUACGUAUCUCGCCAUGGUAUUGGCAACUGGACUUUGGUUCCUCAGAAAGCGGGGCUCAACAGAUGUGGGAAGAGUUGUAGGCUCAGAUGGACAAAUUAUCUGCGGCCUGACCUAAAGCAUGACAAUUUCACGCCUGAAGAAGAAGAAUGCAUUCUUGAACUUCACAGAACUAUAGGUAGCAGGUGGUCUUGGAUAGCAAAGCAGCUGCCUGGGAGAACCGACAACGAUGUGAAGAACUACUGGAACACCAAGCUGAAGAAAAAGCUCUUCAACAUGGGCAUAGAUCCAGUAACACAUAAGCCUUUCUCUCAGAUUUUUACUGAGUUUGGAAAACUUGGUAAUCUCCCGAGCACAAUAAACCAGAAUGCACUUCUUAACACUGAACCAAGAAUAAAACCAGAACCCCUUUUACUUCCUCAGAAAUUUCCAAAUGCCAACAACCUCCAAAUCAUUGAGCCAUAUGGUCGGACCCUUUCUGGCAACUUUUUAGGUCAGGCAGCAUCACAGUUACAAAUCAACGGCCAAGAAACUUUAAUUCUGCCACAUUUACUCGGUGGAAUCUCCCCUUCAACUUCAUCUCCAUCAUCUUCGAGCAGCGUCAUGAAUUUUGGCUCCCAGUCUUUUCCUUGUGAACCACCUCAGCUUCAAAAAUCACCCUCUUCUCCUUCUAAUUGGAAUGAAACAAUCCUUGUUGACCCUUUUCCUUCCGCGGGUAUAGAACAAAAUGAAGAAGAUUACAAAAUCCGAGGGAUUUCCUCACCGGAUGAUAUUUCUUCGGCAGUGGUGCAGGAAGAGACGCCCCUGCAUGCUGCUACCAGCAUAAUUGAAAACGAAGUAAAUGACAAGGCUGGCGUGUCCUGUUAUGGGCUAAAACCUGAACCAGAAGCAAUGCGCUAUAUGGAAUCUUCUUCAUCUGCUGCUGAUUCAUUCUUGGAGUCCAUUCUGGCUAGUGACAGCCAGAUGCAGCUGGAAUUUCCUGAGCUUUUGGAUGGAUUCUGUGAUUACUGACUCUGAAAAUUCCCUAAAAUGAAGAAGUUACUAGAAUAAAUGUUGACUUGCAGAUGACCAAGGAACUCUGAGAUUCCGUGGAAUUAGUCGAGCGAGAGGGCAAAUGUUUCAAAAGAUCGCGCAUUUCAUGCAUACUCCAAUCGAUCUCUUUUUGUAGUCUUUUCUAAUCUCUUGGAAUUUC